AGCGAGUGUUUUACGUGUUGUACUGUACGCUAUUUAAGAAAGUUUGAAGGAAAAGUCUCUUCGGUUAGCUGCUAAACCAGCCUCAAAUAUAUAACGACAACUGUGCGCAAAAUGACAGCAAACAUUACUUAUAGUACCGAGGAGAUUGAUAGACUUUUGGUCCCAAUCUAUGUAAUCGUUAUCAUGUUCGGUGUUGCUGGGAACACUAUCGUCCUUGUGGUCAUAAAAUCGACCCGUUCAAUGCACACGACGACAAAUUUUCUUCUUCUUAAYCUCGCCGUGGCAGAUUCACUGACUCUACUGUGGUGCGUGCCUUACAAAGUUCUUAUUUUCGCCUUUGUUCAUCCUUCAGGCGUUGGAGGGAAUAUCUUGUGCAAGUUUUUCACAUCUUACAACGUUACAGUCAUCACUUUAACUGUGUCAAUAUUCACGCUAACUACCUUGUCUGUCGAGCGCUACAGAGCCCUAAUUAACCCGCUUCAAAGGAAAUUUCGGUUGGAUUUGGAAACAGUGCCAUAUGCUAUAGCCGCAAUUUGGAUUGCUUCGGCAGCAUUCAUGGUACCGCUGUUUGUGGUCACGGAGUAUAUCCCAGAAGCAAAAGCCUGUCGCGUUAAGUGGUCGUCCAAAGAACAAGAAGAUCUUUAUAGUUUAUGCAUCAUGGUGUUCAGCAUAUUUACACCAAUUAUGAUAACUGUCGUUUGCUACAUAAGGAUUAUCAAAGGACUGUAUUUCAGCAACACCAUUUGCGCAAUUCCGACAGGGUUACAGCAGCAGUCUGACGUACAAGAAAAAAGGAAAAUUGUAAAAAUUCUCCUUGUUGUUACUGGUGCUUUUGUGAUGUCCUUCCUGCCUUAUGCAUCCUUUCGUAUCGUUGUUGCGUCUGCAGAUGAAAAUGAUCAUGACAAGUACUCGAAACUGCAAAGUUUAAGAGAGAUUUUUAAGUUUAUUUCGUAUGCGUCAUCGUGUUUUAACCCUGUUAUCUACGCUGUUCAAAGCUCAAACUACAGAGAGGCAUGUAAGAGAUUGUUUCUGAAGAAGUGCUGUUGUUUCAAAGGGGCUUCCCUGGAAACAGGUUCAAUGACCAUGGGUCGCUCUAUCACUAACGGAGAGCUCCAAACAGCCCAGCAGUUCUCUGUGGCAAAAUGAAAGGGAAAAAAAUGAUGAAGAACAUAGACAAGAAUAUUUACAAACUCUUAAACCAGUUUGAACAUAGUCAAUAUCCUCAACUUUUAACCAUUGACUAUGGUUUAAAGGAAAUUGGUUUUCAGCACUGUCAUUUUGUGAUCAAAAACAAAUAUAGAAGAUACUUGCUACAGAAUCUCAUUGGCUCAAAAACUAACAGGUAUAAUUUAUAGGUCAACAAAAGUGUUCAAAUAUCAAAAUGGAAAGACAUUUGCAAAUAAUAUUCACCGCGGCCAGAGAGGAGUUUCCGUUGUUGACCAGGCAACUACUUAUGGAUCAAAACACGCAUUCUCUUUAAUUACGCUUUGUCUAAUAGAURAAGUUUGUAAUUUUCGCGUAAUAUAGACCCGUAGUUUAUUCCUUUUUGAGCGUUUUUGCAUGCGCAAAAAAAAYUCCAAUGUAAAUAUCGUAGUUGAUAACGCAUUAUUUGAGAACUGAGAAAUCCGACUAGGCUGUGACAUAUUAAAAGCCUUAGUUUCCGUUGUAAUUAGAUAAGGCAGUAAUUGCUCUCCUUAUCAGGAUGCUACGAUAUUUAAGCCUUUGAAAGAGCUGGUUUAUUAAAUUCAGCCAAUUUAGCUGUAACUAAUGAAGACAGCGAAAUGAGACAAUAUUCCCGCAUUUUUUUUUUUAUUUCUUUAUAAUUUCAUUGUCAUGUAAUGCCCUGACAUAACUAGUGACAAACGAGCGAUAUGAUGCACUAUAGUUGAGUAUCGCGAUCUCUUUUACACUGUGUUUUAUAGCCUCAAUUGUGUGUCAAAUAUGCAGAAAGUGAGAGAAAACUUCAAACGAUUUCAAACUAUAAUAAUAAUAAUAAAUAAUGCGAGAUUUAGUAGACUAAGUGCAACAAGUUCAUAGAUUCCAGCUAAAAUACAAUAAAAAAGUAACAAUAUAGCAAUAAUUAUGGCAUUUAUUCGCAAAUACUAAUAUAUAAUAUAUAMAAUGAAAUA